CAGGGUGUGAACACCGCCCUCACGACUUACUUCUUCGGGCCAAACCUGAAAGGCAAACUCACCAUUGAAAAGUUCCUAGACUUCCAAGAAAAGCUCCAAAAGGAAAUUUUGAGUUUGGAGUUUCGCAGAAAACAUCCAGACGACAACGGUAACAUAAGUGAGGCUGAUUUCACCGAGCUUCUCCUCGCCUACGCCGGGUAUCCCCAAAAAAAGAAGGCCAGGAUGUUAAAGCGGGUGAAAAAGACUUUCAGGGAUCACGGCCAAGGCAUUUCCAAAGAAGACUAUUUAAACUUUUUUCACUUCUUGAACAACAUCAACGAUGUUGAUACCGCGUUGACUUUUUACCAUAUAGCUGGAGCCUCCAUCGAUCAAGCCACGCUUAAACACGUUGCCAAAACUGUCGCCCAUGUUGAUCUCAGUGAUCACGUUAUACACGUAGUGUUUACGAUUUUUGAUGAGAAUUUGGAUGGGCAACUGAGUAACAAGGAGUUCAUCGCUGUUAUGAAGAAUCGGUUGCUAAGAGGUCUGGAGAAACCGAAGGACACGGGUUUUAUUAAAUUCAUGCAUUCGGUGAUCAAAUGUGCCAAGGAGACAAAGCCUGCUUUAUUAGAUAUUUAAAUUAAUUUAUUGAGUUGUGUUCAAAAUGUUCAAAUAGGGAUUGUUUACAAGUACUGAUGUUAUGCGAAUAAAUAAA